UAUCACCAUCUUCAACUUUCUCCUUUUGUUGCUCACCAUGGCGCCUUUUGCGGGGCUUUCGGGUGCUCAGGUCAUUCUUUUAGCUACUCACCUUUGUGUGACCGGUGACGUCUCGCGUCUUCCGCAUCUCCAGGCUCAAUUUCCCCUGUGGCUGCCUCUCGACCGUCUUCUGCGCAUCCUCCUCACCUUUCUCCCGGAGAGCACCGAUCCCCAUACCUACACCCCGGUACUUGAACAACUCGUCACUGGUCCGUCAACUGAAGCAAUUGAUGGCGAGUGGGAUCUUUCCUCUGUCCAAGGAUUGUCCGAAGACGCUGCCAGGAAACGGGUGCGGAAGCUUCGUCUACUACCGCUGAGACACCCCGACGACGACGACACCCAGGACUCCAACGACUUGCUGACACUCUUUCUCAUCCACCGUGCACACCGGAUAGACGCGGAAACCGCCCUUCAACCGCUCAUCCUCGACCUGCUUCUACCGUUCUACCAGCGCUCACCGACAAUUCGAACGUGGCUGAUUUCCACCCUCCUGCCACUGCUGCGACUCAACUACGAAUACUACCCGAGCCAGGAUGAGACCUUCUCGCUGGACAUCCUAGAGUCUAUGGACCAUGACACUGCGAUCAACGUGUUCCUUUCAAUGACCGGAUCGGAGAAGGGCAAUAUGGACUUGGUUCGCAACUUGCGUGGGGUCGUGGGGGCGUGGAUGUACGGCCACAGCCGGCCCAAGAGGCGGAGACUGAAUCCGGCGACGCGGCGCAAUUCGAUCUCCGUGGCUCAAAACGAUGCGCAACCCGUGACCGGCGACCGUGCUGGGUGGCACUACGUGAACGAGUGGCUGCUGUCACGGAGCUUGGUGGAUCAGGACAGCGUGGUCAACGCCUUUGUCAACUGGGACGGUCCCGAGGAUGUCGACCUGGGAGGCUACGACGACGAGGCAGAAGAGCGACCGGCUGAAAAGAUGAGAGAACUGCGAACUCGGUAUGGCCAGUCUGGACUGGCGGUGAUCUAUGCAAACGCGAACACGAGUGAGCCCUCCCUGGAAGGGUCAAUUCGGAUCGUAUCUCGGAUCGCCCAGCUACUGAACCUGGAGAGCUCCUGUUAUGUUACUCCCGAUCGCCAAAUAUUGCCGUCAGUGGUACUCGAGCUGGACAAGAUCUCCUCGACGACGCGGGUGUCCCUGCUGCAGAACGCCUUAUUACGGGAAUCGAACCCUUUGACACAUCCUUCGUCCUCGUCGAUCUCGUUCGUCAGCGCUUUAUUGCUUUCUAUGCGGAUACUACAGAUUUUUGGACACCCUAUCCCAUGCAGGGCGGCGGCCAAUAUAUGCCUCCACAGUACGGAGGAUGCGCAGCUUCUUGAAUUCCGGGGAGUGAUUGCGUCGAUUGUGAAGCAAACUAAGGUCAGCCGGGACUGGCAGGAGACGCGGGAUCAGCUCCUCUGGCUCCGAGACUGGGGGGGCGACGAACUCACGGAUGGGUGUGGAGAAUUCCAUGGCCUUUUCUGGAGACUACCCCGGGAGGUCGUGGAUGCGGAGGUCCUCAAGGCGCUGCUAGAUGUCAGAGAAUACGAUCUGGCCACAGCCAUCUAUGUACAGUCCCAAUCGUCCCUCACCCCCGCCCAGGUCGAAGAUGCCAUCAAGGAAGCCAUCUUUGCGGCAUAUGACAACGCGAGCAACGGGAAUCGCACGCGCGGCGGCAUGAAGAAAGCAUACGAGAUUCUCCAAGCGUUCCAGCCACACUUUCCCGAGUCGAUCUCCUUCAAACAGAUUCGCUCUCUGAUCUCCGCCACGCACGCGCUAUCCUUCUACUCCCUGACACUGCAGCACGGCGUCCCCUUCCAACCCGUCAGCAUCCGCGUGCACGCAGACCCCAUCUCCCUCAUCGAAAAAGUGCUCGAACAAAACGCCAAGGCCUACACACAAGUAGACGACCUCCUUGCCAUCGGCCGAGAUCUAGUCGCAGCGGGCUUCGCGCCUCAAGAAUCCGACCCCACAGACUACGACGCCGACGAGUCCACCCCACGAGAAGACAAGGUAGUAACAGCCGAACGCCGCAUCAUGUCCCUCGCAAUCUCCUCAGCGCUCUCCUCAGACGACUUCGGCACAGCCUACUCCUACAUCCUCACGCGCCUCACCCCCCCGACCCUCAUCUCCAGCGCAUCGACCCUCACCAACCCAUCCAUCAAAGACGACAUCUCCUGGCGAGCCGUCUACGCCGCAGGCCGCUACCGCUCCCCAACACCCACCACCCAAACCCCCCUCCAAACGCAAAUCACCCAACUCUCCCAGCGAAUGGAACUCCUCUCCCUCUCCCUCAUCCUCGUCCCCACCCCAGACCCCCUCCCCGAAAUCCUCGGCGCCUGGCGCCGCUGCGACGAAGAAAUGACCAGCCUCCGCACCCUCGAAUCCGAAGAAGAACACGCCUGGGACAGCCACGCAGACGCCUCCCUCCACCCCACAACCCUCCCAGGCGGUUUCGGCCCCACAGACACCGAGCAAGACGCCUUCGACACCAAACAGCAGCACGCGCGCCGCGCCUCCCGCGCCCACCACAACCGCCUCCGCCACGCCGAAGACGCCCCCAUGGGCCUCUUCGAAGUCGCCCGCGGCGCCGCAAUGGCCCUGCACAAGAACGCCUUCCCCUUACGAGGAGACGGCUCGCAGCAGCACCAGCAGCAAUCUUCUUCUUCGUCGACCCACGCGCGGGCGCCCAGCGACGACGACGACGACGAGCGCGUGCGCAAACGCGACGUGGUCAGUAAUAUGGUGACGGGGGGGUUGGCGAGUGGGAUCGGGUGGGUAUUGGGUGCGCAGCCUGUGAAUCGAUGAUAUCAUCCUUAUUUCUUUUGCUUUUUUACCUUCUCAUUUUGCGUUUCUAAUACUUUUGUCACUUUUUUUCUUUUUCUUUUCUUUGUGCUCUUUUUU